AUGCAACAAUGGUCCAGAUUGCUUGGAAGAGAAGCAAAAUUCAGACGUAUGUCUCAAUCACCUAAAUCCAAAUAUUACUUUGUUCAUGUUUUAUGGAAGGUUUCAGACUUGAAUCCACUUUUGCAUCAACUUGUUCACACCUGCAAAAAUUUAUUAACAGGGAUAGCCGAUUUCGAAAACUUUGUCGAGGAAGUUGCAUUUGCUUUGGAAUGGAGCAUUAACAAUUGUGCUAACACCACAAAUGCUUCAAUCGCAAGGGAUAAGCUAAAGAAACACUUAAACUCUUUUCUAUCAGUAAAUGAAAAUCAAAACGAUGUUGGUGAUAAACAAUCUUUUCGAACACCUUCAGUUGCAUAUCCAGCUGAUUGGUCUGAUGAGAGUAGUCGGUAUGAUUUCGUUGAAAAAAUGAGAAAUGGCAAAUGCGAAGUGGAAAAGAUGUAUCAAACUCUAAGGAUGAUGUCAAAAAUGAAAGAAAGUGAAAGUGGUGAAGAUGCACAGAGAUCUCUGCUAGUUGAAUCUGAAAAAGAAAGUGGUUUGCAAACUCCUUGUGUCAUGGUUAAAGGGUCGGAGCAAAAUGAUAGAAGCAAUGGCACAAGAAAUCUAGCAAUUGUAGCGCAUAGGAAAUAUGGAGGUUUUGAUUUUCUGAGGAGACUGUUUACAAGAAGAAAGAAAGGGAGGAGUAAAGGAAGAAAAUUAUUAGGCAAGGCAUGA